GAGAUGAAAAAGACUUAGAUAUUGUGGGAUAUAGUACAAUUACUCAAUCAGCUGAUGUUUUAGUUUAGCCUUCCUUGUUUAUGCAAAGGACGUCUCAUCACUUGGAGCAGUUAAUGGCUUCCUUUUCUUUUUCUUCCAUCACUCCUAAACUAGAGUACGACAUUUUCCUUAGUUUCCGUGGUGUGGACACCCGAACAAACAUUGUCAGCCAUCUAUAUGAAGCCUUUAGUCAGAAAAAGAUUAAAACUUUCAUUGAUGAUUAUCUUUAUAGAGGAGAAGAAAUUUCUCCCUCUCUUUUGAGGGCAAUUGAACAUUCAAAGAUCUCGGUUAUCAUUUUCUCUAAAGGCUACGCUUCCUCCGUAUGGUGUCUCAAAGAACUUGAAAAGAUUGUUGAAUGUAAGAACACGUAUGAUCAGAUCGUAAUACCAGUCUUCCAUGAAGUAGAUCCAUCUGAUGUCAGGAAUCAAACUGGGGAUUUUGGAAAAGCGUUUGCUGAGCUUGAAAAGUGUUUUAUGGAUGAUUCAGAGAUGUUGUUGAGAUGGAGAACUGCUUUGAGGGAUGCAGCCAACCUACAUGGUUAUGAUUCAAAGAAAUAUUGGACCGAUUCCCAACUGUUAAAGGAAAUCGUUGAAGAUAUUGUGAAGAGAUUGCGAGAUAUGUCUCCUAAAUAUGAACUGCUUUGGAUGCCUGAGUCUGAAUCACAGUGUUGGGAUUGUCAAUCACUUGUUUGGAGGCCUGAAUUUCAAUAUAGGGAUUUGGGGGUUUUGGAUUUGUCAAUCACUGAAUUUCAAUAUGAAUCGCAGGAUUUGAGGUCUAAAUCUGAAUCACAGGGUUGGAGGUUCCUUUCUGUGUUUUUCCUUGUCAUGGAGGCAAUAUCAGUGGUGUUUGAUGUAUAUGGAAAAAGCAAAAAGAAUUUUCUUCUUGCUGCAUUUGUCUUGUCAGCCUUUGGUUUUAUUAUAACCAUACAUGCUUUUAUCAGGAAAAGAAGAACUGCAGCAUAUAGACAAAAACCUGUGAGGGAACUUGCGUGGGUGGAGGUUGCCUUCUCUGUGCUCCAGUUAGUUACUUUGUUCAUUCAAUAUAUUCUAGCUGUUGCAAGAGUGAAGAACAGUUACAGCCCAUCGCUUUUCCCGCUAGUCUUUGUCCUUCUUGUUGUUGUGUUUGCUUUCAAGAAGCAAAAUUUCGCAUAGCCAGGUACCCAUUUGAAUUUAUCAAUUUGGCUUGGUGUUUCAUGUGCCCUUACUCUACUUACCAUUUGACUUCCAAUCAAAUACUAUUAAUCUCAUUGCUGCAUUGUGCUAUUUUAAGAGUAUAACCUUCUUUAAUUAAACAAGUAGGUAGCAUCUCCUGCUUUUGACCACCUUAAUUUCAUG